GCUAAUCGCGUGCGCGUCGAGGGCCCACCAGAUGUCGACACGACAGCCACGGCCCCGGCGGCCCCCAAAGGAUGGCGCGCCUUGUUCCUCGUCGCCGCGGGCUACCUAACCCGGACGCGUGUCCCUUCCGGCUUCCCAGCGCUCGACGCGUGCCCGACGUCGCAGGGUCCGAGCAGGGGCAGUCUCGGUGAUUCACGGCGACCAAGGCACUCGAAAGGCCCUCCUUUUCUCGCCAAUCUAAUGGCGCUUCUCUUCCGUCUCACCUUCCUCUUCAUCUUCUUCUUGGUUGAUCGAGCGCUCAUCUCCAUCCCAUCUGUUGUCAUCGAUCAAAUACCUAGCUUGUAGAUGGAUAUUUCAUGGUUCUAAUGAUAGCUUUCGCAGCAGCCUUUGUUGCUUCUCGAUGAAGAGGCUUCGGCGGGAGCACAAGGAGCAAAAUCUGAACUCUGAUCUAAAGCGUUGGUAAGAACUAGCAUAGGUUGUGUUCUCGGUAGUCAGUGUUCUUUGUGCCACUGUCGAUGGAGGAAGAGGCUGCGGCUCGGGUAACGUGCUGCCCGAGGGAUUUCCUGAGGCGCUUCGGCGGUGGUGGCCGAGAGGAGCUGGCGGAGGCCAAGAUGGGGGAGCUCAGCGAGGCUGAGCUCAGCCUCGGCCUCUCCUUGGGCGGGUGCUCCGGGAUGGAGCCGGAGGAGAGGUGCUUCCUUCGGUCGUCGUCGAUCGACACGCUCUCCGCGUUUCCGCCCCGCGCCACGGCGCCUCUCGCGAGGACGUGCUCGCUGCCGGCAGACUCCGAGGAGGAACAGAGGAAGAGGAAGGAGCUGCAGAGCCUGAAGAGGCUGGAGGCGAAGAGGAAGAGGUCGGAGAAGAGGAGAUCGAAAGCCGGGACGACGGACGGCAAAGAUGAGAUUUUGGAGGAGGAGAUGGACCACCCAGCUGUGGGUGGGGCGACCGACGGCGUGGUUCCUCCCCUGCCGCCGACGUUGGCGAGGAAGGCCAGAGCUCAGAUGGUUGAUGUCACACCGGAAACCCAAGUCUCCGUCGGGUCUCAGGGCAGUGGCUGCUCCGGCUGCGUCUCCGACUUCGAUUGCCCACCGAAGCACGGGUUCGGCGUCGCCGGAAAGAACCACCACCGGGAUGUCAGGAGCCAAUCGGCGAUGAAUCCCACCACGUCACUGAUCAGGAAACGUGUCACGUUCGGCGAGGAGGAGGAUGACAGACCACGCAAGUCUGCUGGCCAUGGUACGGCAAAAGGAGUCACGAGGGACAUGAUGCGAGACAUGCCGUUCGUCUCCACCAGAGGAGAUGGGCCGAGCGGGAGAAGGAUCGAAGGGUUCCUCUACAAGUACAGGGAAGGUGAGGAAGUGAGGAUUGUGUGCGUGUGUCAUGGCAGAUUCCUCACUCCCGCCGAGUUCGUGAAGCACGGCGGAGGUGGAGACGUGGCUCACCCGCUCCGGCACAUUGUGGUCAACCCCUCUCCCUCGGCAUUGCUGCAAUGAUGGUUCCCCAGACCAAGUAGUGCGAUCGGGGAAGAAGAACACCACCACCACCACCACCACCACCACCACCAUCAAUAUAAGAAAGGAUGGAGUGGGAACGAUGCUCCUCCUAAGCUUCUUCCGAAUGCCAAGGAACAAAUCCAAAGAAGCCGGUAAAGGAAGGGGCGGUGUUGGUACGUGUCCGGCGUGAGACACGUACCGCCGGUGUUUUGUUGAUGGGAAAUCUGCAACCAUGAGCCCAUUUUCAUGAAUCUUUUAUGGGCCGUCGCUGCAUUUGGUGUGCCAUUUAUUCUCGGAUUUCUCUCUUCUCCUCUUAUAAAGGUAAACGAUGACCUUUGUCC